GUCUUAGCAGAGAUCCUAACAGGGAUUAAGGCACUGGAUGAAGGAAGACACCCUAUCUAUCUGAAAGAUAUGAUUGCUGAUGAAAUCCAAAUAGCGAAAGAAAACUCACACUCCAAAGGAAAAGAUUUUGAAAAGCUUGCUGCCAGGGCAAUAUGCUGUAAAUAUCUAGACAGGAAAGCAGGACACUUGCUGGAAGAGGUUGCUAAUGAUUUUGCCUCAGCCAUCUGCCUUUGUCUGAGAAAGAGGAAUUCUAACAUAGCAGAGGUGCUUGGAAUUAUGGAAAUGGCUGAAAAUAAAUUAAGAGAGCAUUACUUCUGUGGAGGCAGCACUUCUGGAUUCUCUGUGAACACUCCGGAAGAAACUGAUGAUGAGACGAUUAGUCUCAGCACAGAUGUGCCUUCUGCAGGGGAGAAUAAAGAAGAGAGCACACAGCCAGUGAUCCUGUCGAGUGCCAGUCCCUGCACACCUUUAUCAGGAGCUGUGUCACCUGACAUCUACUGCGACCAAAUCUCAAGGAUCCCUUGUGAAUCAGAUGAAUCAAGCAGUUUUAUGUGGAAUCCUUCAGAAAGAUCUACAGAUGAGCUAUCUAGCAACAGCUGUAGCAAUUCAGAAAAUAUGGCAGCCCCUGAUUACAGGAUCAAGCAGGAAAAACCUGCAAAUGGACUCCAGGAAAGAAAUGCGGCAUGCACCAAAAGUGAUGACGUCUUGGAAACAGCAUCAGCUGCACAGAGCACCUUUCAACCGCAAAAUGCAGACCCUGACUCCUCGUGUUCUUCACAAGCAUUAGCCAGAGAGACAUCUUGGAAAAUACAAAUAAAUGAUCAAAAAAAGAAGCUCAUGGAAAAUAUUUUGCUGUAUGAAGAAGACAAAUUAAAUAGUUCUGAACUUUUUGAAUCAUAA